UAGAGAUUUCAUUUGAAAAUUUGCUUUUUCCAAAAUGGAGCAGAGAACACUUCUUGCAUUGAUGGUCUUUUCCUCACUCAUAGUAUUAGCAGAAACUAAUGAUCAGAAGCAUGCUGUUGAAAUAUACAGCCUCCACGUGGACUGCAAGGUCACCUCACGAUUUGCUCACACUGUCAUCACCAGCAGAAUUGUCAACCGAGCCAAUGAGUCCCGAGAGGCCACCUUUGAAGUGGAGUUACCCAAGACAGCCUUCAUCACCAACUUCUCCAUGUCCAUUGAUGGUGAAGUAUACCCAGGGAUAAUAAAGGAGAAAGCUGCUGCUCAAAAUGAGUAUGACUCGGCAGUCUCGCAGGGACAGAGUGCUGGCCUCGUCAAAAUUACAGACAGAAAACUGGAGCAGUUCCACGUGUCCGUCAGCAUCGCAGCUGCCAGCAAAGUCACUUUUCAGCUGAGCUAUGAGGAGCUGCUGAAGCGGCAGCUGGGGAAGUAUGAGCUGCUCAUCAAGGUCCGGCCCAAGCAGCUCGUCAAGCACUUCCAGAUCGAUGUGCACAUCUUCGAGCCCCAGGGAAUUCACUUCUUGGAGACAGACAGCACAUUCAUGACAAACGAGUUAACUGAGGCACUCACCAAAGUGCAGAAUGAAACCAAGGCUCAUAUUUUAUUUAAGCCAACUCUAGAUCAACAGAAGAAGAAUUCUGAACUUGAUGAAACGCUCCUCAAUGGUGAUUUUGUUGUGCGUUAUGAUGUUAAGAGAGAAGCCACUGCAGGUGAUAUACAGAUUGUCAAUGGGUAUUUUGUCCAUUACUUUGCACCCCAAGAAAUGCCAGUGUUUCCCAAAAAUGUCAUCUUUGUUAUAGACCGAAGUGGCUCCAUGACAGGCAGAAAAAUUGAACAGACAAGGGAUGCCCUGUUGAAGAUUUUGCAGGACCUCCGCCAAGAAGAUCAUUUCAGCUUUAUCACCUUCAACAACAAAGUGGUGGAGUGGAAGAGCUCUUUGCUGCCAGCCACUGAGGAGAACGUGGCCAGUGCUGCAGCACUGGUGCAGACUCUCACUGCCAGGGGAGGCACAGACAUCAGUGGUGCCCUGCUGGCUGCCGUGGGCGUGCUGGAGAAAGCCGAGGGGCUGCCAGAGCGCAGCAUCUCCAUGAUUAUUUUGCUGACAGAUGGCCAACCCACUUCUGGUGAGAAAAAUGUGGAAGUAAUUCAAGAAAAGGUUCAGGAAGCAAUCAAUGGGAAAUACGCUCUUUUCUGCCUUGGCUUCGGGUUUGAUGUCAGUUAUAAAUUCCUGGAGAAAAUGGCCCUGAGCAAUGGGGGAAUAGCACGGCGUAUCUAUGAAAAUGCUGAUGCAGCCCUGCAGCUCCAGGGUUUUUAUCAAGAAGUGGCUACCCCAAUAUUAAUGCAAAUUGAAAUGCAGUAUCCAGAAAAUUCCGUUGAAGGAUUAACCAAGAACAAUUUCAAGCUGUUUUUUGAAGGAUCUGAAAUUAUAGUGUCUGGAAAAAUUAGUAAUGAGCUGGAUCUUUUGCCAGUGGAAAUUAAAGCUCAAUCACACACGAGUAACUUGACUCUUAAGGAAGAAGCAAAUGUCAAAGAGAAGGAGCAAGUAUUCCAAAAUCAAAAGUACAUCUUUGGGAAUUUCAUAGAGAGACUGUGGGCUUACUUGAACAUUCAGCAGCUUCUGGAAGAAGCUAUUUCAGCCCAAGAAGAGGACCAGAAGGCCCUGGAGGCCCAAGCCUUGGAUCUGUCCCUGCGGUACAGCUUUGUCACACCCCUCACUUCCAUGGUGGUCACCAAACCCCAGCAGCAGGAGGAGCUGGCAAACAAACCCACUGAGGCUGAUAAUGAGAAGCCCAGCAGUCUUCCAGCAGGAGGUGUUCGUAGAGGGAAAAGUGGGUCACCUGCUGGUCGGUGGCGCUCUGAGCUCCAAACUGGCAGCAACAGGAAGAUGUUUUCAACAGCUCUUUCAGUUUCCGGGUUCAGAGGUGCCCUAAGAGCACCAACUAUUGCCAAUGAACAUCCACAACUUCUCUUGCACUUACCCAGACAAAAAGAAAGAAUCUGUUUAAAUAUUGAUGAAAGAGCACAAGCCUCUGUCCACCUGCUGUCAGAUCCAGAGCAAGGACUCACAGUGACGGGGAAACUUGGAGAUGGAAUAAAUCACUUUGUGCAGUUUGAUAUUAACUAUGUGAAUCCCCCUGUGGAAAUCCACGUCUACACUCAUGCGAUCCUUGUAAGCCACAGCAACAAGAACAGUUGGCUGUCAUGGACAAAGUCAACCUCCUCCACCAUCCAGGGGCUGCAAGUGUCAGUUGAAAAAGAAAGGAGCAUUACAGCAUCACUGCCUGACACGGUCACAGUAAAAAUUUCCUUGGUCAGGUUUCCAGAUGAUUUCCUUGGGCUCUAUUUCUUGAACACCGACCGUUUUUCGGACAAAGUCACUGGAGUUCUGGGUCAAUUUUAUUCAAAAGCACAGUUUGAGAGUAACUCCAACAAUGAUCAGAGUGCUGUGGAAAGACUCCUGAGAGUGUCUGGAUCUGAGCACAAAGUUUCCAGGUUGUCCAAGAAAGAUUACAGGCUUGAGUCAGCCAGUGAACCUGUUUCCUGCUGGUCGAUAGAACUAACACCCUAGAAAAAAAAUAUAUUUGAAGAAAAUUAUGCAAAUGAAGCUCUUCCAAGUAUUUUUGGUGCUUUCAUCAAGAAAACCACACAGUUAAAUCCUUACUGUUGCUCUAAUAUGUGUCACAAAUAUUUUAUCAUGAAAUAAUUAUACUUUCAAGAUAUUACGGUCCUUGCUUGUUUGCUAUUUGAAAAUGGUUUCAAAUCUGCAGUGUGGUUUUGUUGUUGAAGAUUUAUGUGAAUGAACUAAAUAAAAUUGACAUCAUCAGCUCCCAGUUUGAUAUGGACAGGUGGACAUAGGUUUCCAAGUAAAAAUCAGUAGUGUCAUCAUCCAAGCCAAUAAAUGUGUCAUGCAAACAGUAA